CUUGCUUCAACUAGACAUCUUGUACCUGAGGUUUUCUAGAACACCAGAGUGCGGCCCUCCUAUGCAAUCUUCCGUUGACGCCUCAUCAGGGACUCUUGAUUUCUGAGAAAUUCCCCUCCCUCAAAUCCACCCCCCCUUCCCUCCUACUACCUCCAGUUCAUCGGUCCACAAUGGAAGAACCCUUCCGGAAACGACCCCGCCUUUCCAUAUUUCACAAUCAGUCGAUUAAUCCAACCUUGGACGAAGAUCUUGACACACGCCGUGUUCGCAACGACCAUCUCUUGAAAUCUCGCUUCGAGUCCAUCUUUGAAAAGUAUAGCCAGGACUUCACCGGAGUUGGCGACGAGAUCGACCUUGUUUCAGGCGAGGUUGUGGUUAAUAAUGGACAUCUUGAGGCAAUGGAAAAUGAAAUGGAUCUCGGCCUGGAUACGCCUCAAGGCAGAGCCCUUUUAAGAGCCAUGACCGAAACAGACGCCCUCGACGAUCCUUACUUCAAUGAAGCUGCAGACGAUGUGAUGCUGAGCAUCGAAGAAAUUGCCUCCAGCUUCCCAAACGACGAUGACCACGGUGGUCUACCUCCUCCCGAGGAUAGCGAUGAAGAACUAUUCGGAACUACCAACUUGUGCACACUGGCUCCUUUUGCCACCCCACCAGACUCUCGAGAUGGUCACCCUUCAGGAAGCAGCAUGUACGAAUUAAACCCCAUUGUGUCGGAAUCGGACCCAGAUUCCCUUUUUGAAGAACAACAUAUGUCUCGUUCUGAAAGUCCAGAUUCCCUUUUUGGAAGUGUAGAGCCUGCACCACUUCGUUCUGGACUGGGGCAGAUACCUGAAGCUCUGUACAGUAACAAGCCCAUCCCGGCCCCCGCCAUCGUCGAGCUUGACGAGGACUUGCGGCAUAGUAGUCUGCUUGCAAGGUAUGGGCCAGAGAUAGGACAGGAGAUUUUCACAAUGAUCGAAGAGACGAGGAAUCAAGCAGAGGCACAUAUUGAACCUGCUUGGCGUAUUCCCUCCAAUGUGAUUCCUCCUCGCAUCACGCCUGAGGCAUCAGACACUCGUGGAAUCACCUCACAGCAACAUACACAAUCGCCAGCGCCAGCGCCAGUAAUUUCGGUCCAGAGAUCGCCAGAGAAGCGCAAAUCGCUGUGGGCCAUACCCAAUCAACGAAAAAACAGGAAGCCACCAAUGAAGGGCUCUUCCAGGCACACCCGAGCAGAGUCAGAGGACCCCCUCCAGGAUGGUUUUGCUAGCGAGCAUGAUGUCGACAGUGCCCAGGACGAACACACUUCUGACGGUAGUUCCUAUGAAGAGGCCAAUUUCAAGCGGGUCCGACCAGAAGACGAAGACGAGCAACUGCGCUCCAUGAGAACGGGGCAUUGCCCAUAUUGUCAGAGAAAGUGGAAAACACGCAGUGGUGUUGUCGAUCACUGGUCCAGAAUCGUGCGAAAGGCUGAUGCAAACGGGGAUGACGGGGUGCACGACAUGAAUUACAUUCGGGAUUAUCGGCAACGAACAAAGAUCCGUAGUGUUCGCAAGCCACGAUUGACUGUGUCGGAUUUUCGGACCAUGGUUGAGCUGCACGAGGGUGCCGGCCUGAGUUUCGAUGAAAUUGUUGAUGUGGGAGCACUGCGAACUCGUAAGGUAGGGGCAGCAUUGUGCGAUGCAUAUGAUCGAUAUCGUAUGCCAGCCGAGAUGGAUCAGCCAUCGAAGGAUUGGACGGACGACGACAUAAAGAUGCUAUGCGAUCUCUGUGAUCGAUCAACUCGAGACUUGGGAAGUUUGACCAAGGCGCUUAAGAGAUCGGACACCGAUGUAGGUGCCAAGCUCGCUGAGCUAUGGCUCCUGGAGAUGGGCCACUCGGUCCAGGGUUUGACGGCGAAACGCGGUGUUGCAGAACAGGGGGUCGCAGGCGACAGACAUGCGAAUUCUUCAGCUGGACCUGUGUUCGUAAAGACCGAAGAUUCGGACGACGACUUGUUCGAUAUCAGGACAAACUAAGGGAAGCCACCUUGGCCAAAUUCAAGCUUCAAGCUUGAAGGAUGUCCUCGAGUGUUGUUUUAGCUUCCCCACCAAUUCCUCCUACCUGAGACCAGAAUUUGGAGAGAUGUCGCAUUCCCGAAUCGCAGAGUAUUGUUGCCACUGAAUGUCCUGGACCCAGCUGAAGAGCCGUUUCCAGUGCCGCCACGCCUAGGGAAACAGUCAGAAUCAAG